AUGAAAAGAUUCCUAUCGGUCUCAUUUGCCGCUUUAUAUACUUUGGCGGCUGGCAAAAAUAAGGUUUCCGCAACCCCGCAUUCCGUGCCAGGCGAUACCCCGCUUUUCCGCAUUAUCGUGUCAUGCUCUUUACAGGAUGGAAACUCCGCUGGGCGGACAUACAAUCACGCGGACACAUGUAAUUUUUUAACCCCUUCACCCCUUAAAAUAAAAAUGGUUGUCCGCCUUAAAGGCCUUCCUCCCAUAUUAUUCCAAACACCCAGUCACCCAGAAGACAAAACAAAGACGGAGUGUUUGCACCCGCUCGUCCGUAGCGAGUUUUUUUUGAUUGUAGCGGUGCAUAAACGGUUGGAAGUUUUCGGGUUGUCGAGAAAAUGUCAUAUGCGGUACGUUAAAGGCUUGUUUUGUUGCAUAUGGGACAACCGGGACGUACAGAUAACAAUACAGAAUGGCAGUCAAUUUCUGACAUUUUGCGGGCUCGAAAAGAGGGUGUCAAAUGUGGUUUGA